GUUUCCCCGUAUGACGCUGUCCAAGAUGGCGACGAAUCGGGCUAUACUGUAAAUCGGGCAGUAGUAGCAGUUCGGUUACGCUAGUUACACGGCCCGUUGAAACGCAGAGGACAAUUGGGGACGUCGUCAUGGCGGUGCUACUUGAAACAACACUUGGGGAUAUUGUGAUUGAUUUAUAUACAGAAGAGAGGCCCAAAACGUGCCUCAACUUUCUAAAAUUAUGCAAGAUAAAGUACUACAACUACUGUCUCAUUCACAGCGUCCAGAGAGACUUUAUCGUUCAGACCGGAGACCCCACUGGUACUGGUCGCGGAGGAGAAUCUGUUUAUAGAAAACUCUAUGGAGACCAAGCCCGGUUUUUCAAUGCCGAGAAAGUGCCACGUAUCAAACACAAAAAGAAAGGGACCGUAUCAAUGGUAAACGAUGGAAACGAUCAACAUGGCUCUCAGUUCCUCAUCACCGCCAGCGAAAAUAUCGACUACCUGGAUGGAGUCCAUACUGUCUUUGGGGAAGUCACAGAAGGCUUGGAUGUCUUGUCUAAAAUCAACGAGGCCUUUGUUGACGAGGACUUUGUUCCGUUUCAGGAUAUUAGGAUAAAUCACACAGUAAUCCUGGAGGACCCGUUUGACGACCCCGCUGGCCUACCUGUCCCUGAUCGAUCGCCGGAGCCUGCUAAGCUGGAUAGCGGAAGAAUUGGUGCCGAAGAAUCGAUCAACGACACGGAAGGAAAAGGCGCGGAAGAGCUGGAGGAGAGGCUGAAAGAAAAAGAGGCCAAGACUCAGGCCAUCCUGUUGGAGAUGGUGGGUGACCUUCCCGACGCAGAAGUGAAGCCUCCAGAGAACGUAUUGUUUGUGUGCAAACUCAACCCAGUCACCACAGACGAGGAUCUGGAGAUCAUAUUCUCUCGCUUUGGGGCCAUAAAAAGCUGUGAAAUAAUCAGAGACUGGAAAACUGGAAACUCCCUCUGCUACGCCUUUAUUGAGUUUGAAAAGGAAGAGGACUGUGAAAAGGCGUAUUUCAAAAUGGACAAUGUGUUGAUCGACGACCGACGCAUUCACGUGGACUUUAGCCAGUCGGUGGCCAAAAUCAGAUGGAAAGGGAAAGGUGGAAAAUAUACCAAAGAUGACUUCAAAGCCUACGAGAAGGAUUUAGAGAACCGGUGCAAGCUGGCCAUCAAAGAUCAAGUGAAGCAUAAACAAGAUUACAAGUAUGACCUGCUUAUUGAGGAGGAGGAGGACGAGGAAGAGGAGUCCAGCCAGAGUUUUUUAAAGAAAAAGAACAAGAAAAAGAGUCGCCGUCGCUCCAGUGAUCGCGACAGUGAACAGUCCAAAAAAUCCAAGGACGUUAACCAGAGCCAGCACAGCCGGACAACGAACCCUUCUAAACACAGGGAGCACAAAGCUAGCAAGCACUACGACAAACACAAGACGGAGAGAUGCGAUGAAGGCAGCGUCCACCGCCGCAGGGACAGGAGUCGCAGCCCUCACUGGAAAGGGUCAAAAGACAAAGAGAAGAGUAGACACAGAUAAGACGUCAAAUAUACAAUAUUUUCAAACGGAUAACAAAAGCCACCGGGCCGUGUUUGCGAUAAAUCGGGGAUUGUGUGAAUUAGCCCUUUGUUACACAUUCACUGAUGCAAAUCAUGCUUUUAAAUGUGUUCCUAAAAGGAAGGCGUCGAAAGAUUAGGUGACCAAAAUCAUCACAUCAAACAUGUACUGAGGUACUAAGAUAGAUUAGUAUGAAGAUUACCACAUGUACAUGUGACCACAGUCUGUUAAUAUUGUUUUUCUUUUGUCAUUUUUUUUGUUUUUUUAAGUUUUGGAUUGCAUUUUCCGCAUAUAAGAAUUUGUGGAAAAUGCUACAGAACUUAUUCUGCAUUACUUUUGCAAAUAAAAAAAAUUAAAUAUGAAAUGACAAAGUGCUCAUCUUUAAUAAUACCAGUCUAAAACUGUAACCCACCUUUGACUUUUAUAUAUGUGUAU